AUGGAAAAGGCUAACAACGAUGAGACCGUCUUUGUCGGUGUCAGGCUACGGCCAUUUCUUGGCUACGAAGCAAGGCAGCACUGCUUUACAGCCUCCAGAAAUGUGGUCUCAGUCCGUGCUCCGGACAGGAAGAAGACCGACUUCGCCUUCGACUGCGUAAUGGACAGCACGGAUGCUUCCAAGCCCAACUAUGUAUCACAAGAGAAAUGCUACGACAUGAUUGGCCGCAGAAUUGUGCAGCAUUCGGUUUCGGGCUACCAUGCGUGUUUAUUCUGCUAUGGACAAACCGGCAGUGGGAAGACUUUCUCUUGCAUGGGCAAGAAAAGUGAGGCUGAGCAAGGAUUGCUGCCACGGCUUCUGCAAGACUUACUCAGCCAAAUGGAGUCUCUGCCUAGCGGUCAGGUGCACUGCCGUGCUCAGAUUCUGGAAGUGUACAAUGAGAAGCUGCGCGAUCUGCUGUGUGACAAAGACUCGGCAAAAGCUCCCGAGAUUCAUGUGCACCCACGAGUAGGCGUGUAUGUUGAUGGGGCUAUUGAUGUGCAGAUUGAUAGUAUGGAGCAACUUCAGAAGGUGCUGGACACUGGGAUGUCUAGAGCAAGCGUUGCCUCCACGGCCAGAAAUCCCAAGAGUUCUCGUGGGCAUGUGAUUUUUCGAUUGCUCAUGGAAAAGCAUGAGGAGGACCACACAGUUGUAUCUUCUGAGCUAUUCUGCGUGGACCUGGCUGGGAGAGAGAACGAGAAGACCACGAAAGUCACCGGCGAAAAUUUCGUAGAACUUACAUUCAUCAACCGAAGCCUGAUGUGGCUUGCUCAGUGCAUUCAGGCGCUUGGCCGACAGGCACGCAAGCGGAGUAGCUCGGGCGCGCUCGAGGGAUCUAGCCGUGCCAGAUUCCGGAAUUCCAAGCUGACGCUGCUACUCAUCAACGCUUUAACCGGCAACUCGAAGACUUGUUUGCUGGCAACGGUGAGCCCCGCAGUGGUAAAUUUGGACGAGAGCUUGGUAACGCUGAACUUUGCAAGCACCGUCAAGAGCAUCAAGGUUGCUGCAAGACGUGCUGCCAAGAUGGACAAGGACUCUCUGAUCCAAAGCUUGAGUGAAGAAUUGCAAAGCUUAAAGGAACAACUCAGCAAAGGCACAGAACGGAACGGACAAGAUUUGCAUUCACAAGCUGGCCUUGUUCGCAACAUGAUGGAAAGCUAUAAGGCUCGAUGGGAAGAAGCACAGAAGACUGCCGAUAUGCUUCAAAGACAGAAAGACGAUGCAUUGCAAAAUCUUGCCAUAUCCAGGUGGAAAUUCGCAAAAGCCACUGUCAAGAACGAGCUUCGAGAGGAAUCAUCCCACGGUGACCAGCAGCCAUUCCUGCAGCAAGCCAAUGGAGACGCCCAAGUCAAGGUCGAGAAUAUGGCCGGAAAGCAGAAGAGGCUGGCCUCAUCGGACACCGCCCAUGCGUGUGCCGCCCCGCCAGCAGAUGGCACAUGGCUGAACUGGACACUUGGAGAUGGUUGUGGGGCUACGUGGCCACGAACACCGAGCUUGGUUCUGUACUCCAAAGACCCGGGCUUCAACGGUCGUCUCAUCUUCCAUGUCGCAGACGAAGGACGGCAGUACAUGCUGGGGUGUUCUCCUCAAUGCGAUUUUCGGCUUCCAGAGACGCCGACUUUAUGCUCUGAGACCUAUUCCGCAUGGCAGGAGUCGGGUCGUCUUUUUAUCGUGCAAACCCGGACCGUGCCACCUCCGCGUGCUUCAAUGGAGGUGAACGGCGCCCGACUGCCACCCACAGAAGCCAAGGAGCUGUUGCAUCAGGACUUCGUCGUCUUGAGCAAGACAUUCAGGUUCUUUGUUUUUCUCCGACCUGAUCCUGCAUUCCAAGCGUUGCUAUUUGGCACCGGAAAGCGAGGGACAACCGAGGAUCCCGUUGGAGGCAUCCUGACCGCGGGUUCCUGCCUGCCGAUUGAAUCAGGGUCAGAGGACGGUUUCUGUCAGGAGGACUUGUUGAAGCGCACACUCGCUGCACGCAGCCUGGUCCAAGAGGCGUCUGCACUGUCCAAAGCCUUCUCGCCACAACUUGGUUUCACCUACGAGCUCCUCACUCUCGCACCUGUGCCGCUGCACGAGACCAGCACGCAAGGCACGCCGGAUUUUUACAUUCGCUUGUUGAAGGCCGGGAAUCCUCGAACAGAAGUUGCGCUUUGGGACUUCCGCACUUUUCAAGACCGGCUGAAGCUUAUGAGGCAGGCAUGGCAGGCCUCGAGUCUUCGCUCAGAUCGUCCUUGGGUGGACACAGAAAGCACAGCAGCGGCUUUGGGACGCCAGCUGUCACAUCCACCCAAGGGCGAGCUGAUGUACCCUACUAUGUCGAAUUCUUCAGUGCAAGUGAACAGACACCCAAAGGGUGUCGUAUGUUUGGUUUCGCCACGCUCUGUAAAGCCCCAAAGGGGCCUUGAUGGGCGGUCCCGUACCCAGAUGUCUUUGUCCCAAGCAGCCUUCCAAAGUUCUGUCCACAAGACAUGCGAAAGGCUACAGUCGUUAGCUUCGCCAACAGCGUACCCUGGCAUUCAUCUAUGCACCGAACCCAUCGUACCAACCGCGCCUGCCUCAUCAUUCUCAUUGACGCCGAUAUUCGAAAUCUGA